GAGGGAUGGCGCUGCCGCGCCAUUGGGCGCAUUGGCUUGUGGCUGGCCUGGCAGCAUGGCUGGCCGGUCAACUAGUGGGAUGUGACUUUGACGAUGGUGCAGAGAUCAUCACAGCGCCCAAGCGUUUGGGGUCCUACCUGGUCAUCGGUGAUUGGGGAUGGGAUGCCAAAGCGCAUGGCAAUUUGAACACCCGACGUUGUCAGCAACUGGUGGCCAAUGCCAUGCACAAACAGUUUGAAACCCUGGGAGAUGUGAAUUUCGUGAUCAAUGUGGCCGACUCCUUCUACCCGGAUGGUGUCAGCAGCAAGGAUGAUCCGCAGUGGGAGGUGAAGUGGAGACAAGUCUAUUCUCCCCAGGUGCGCGGAGUCCCGUGGUAUAGCAUCUAUGGCAACCAUGACUACCACGCAGAUCCCUGUGCUUGCACCGAGAAUGUGACAAGCUGCGCACAGGUGAACGGAGACAUCAGUGACUUGGGGUAUUUCUACAUGCCCGACUCCUCCUGGUAUCGUGCGCACCCCGAGAUGGAUCUGGAGGUCAUCGCCCUGGACUUGAACUACUACACUUGGGUCAAUGCCACCUGCCCUCAUACCAGCUGUCCGGAGACCUGCCAUUCCAUUUUGAAGCAACGUGCUGACCAUGCUCUGCAACUCUUUGCGGAGCGCAUCAGGAAGUCGACGGCAUCCAAAUGGCUGGUGUUCUCCCACUAUCCCUCGGAUUAUUUCCCUGGAGGAUGGAAUGAAUCCAUACCCUUGGAGUGGUGGUCACCCUCAUGGCUGAACCUGGCGGCCGAAGAAAGGCCCCAGACCCUGAUGAAUUUCCUGCCGGAACUCAGCAACGUCUCCCGUUCCUCCAUUGUCUACUUCGGAGGCCACCGUCACAAUGUGGACCAACGUACGGUGGCGAGCAUCAGCCCCCACACCAGCUGGCUCUCUGGUGGCGGAGGAGGUUGGAGCACGGACGGGGAGCAACAGGGCUUUGUGGUGGGCGAAAUCAUGGAGGAUGGCGAGGUGAAGACCUACCCCGUUCUGGUGGACUACGCGGAUUGCACGAGCGACUCCUAGGGGCGCCGACCGGAAGACGGUGGCAGUCAAAUUCUAGGAAGAUCAUGG